UCCUGUGGUGUCACAGGGUUUGUGUGUCUUUGUGUGUGUGUGUGUAUGCGUGUUCAGUGUGAAGCGGAGCAGCAUGCAGGCAAUCAAGUGUGUGGUCGUGGGAGAUGGGGCUGUGGGGAAAACAUGCCUGCUCAUCAGCUACACAACCAACGCCUUCCCGGGGGAAUACAUCCCCACCGUCUUUGACAACUACUCGGCCAACGUGAUGGUGGACAGCAAGCCGGUCAAUUUGGGCCUGUGGGACACGGCCGGACAAGAAGACUACGACAGACUCAGACCGCUGUCCUACCCGCAGACGGACGUGUUUCUGAUUUGUUUCUCCCUGGUGAGUCCUGCUUCGCACGAGAACGUCAGAGCUAAGUGGUACCCCGAGGUACGCCACCACUGCCCGUCGACGCCCAUCAUCCUGGUGGGCACCAAACUGGACCUGAGGGACGAAAAGGACACUGUGGACAAGCUGAAGGACAAGAAACUGGCACCCAUCACGUACCCGCAAGGACUGGCUCUGGCCAAGGAGAUAGACGCCAUCAAGUACCUGGAGUGCUCUGCGCUGACUCAGCGAGGUCUGAAGACCGUGUUUGACGAAGCCAUCAGAGCAGUUCUUUGUCCCCCGCCGACCAAGGUAAAGAAGAAGCCCUGCGCGCUCAUCUGAGGACAGAAAGUGACAUCUGCCUUUUUCAAAGAACUUCAUGGACCUCCAAUGGAAUUCUUGAACACACACAGAAAAUUUCAAUGGCAAUCAAGUGGCUAUCAAGCUAUGUCAAACUUUCAUGCUGACGCUCAGUGAAAUGUGUAAAAAAAAAAAAAUAUUUGUUGUGAUUAAAAUAAGAAAAAAAUAAAAGCCUGCAGUUCUUCGAG